AUGUAUACAACAGUCAUUGCCGCGGAUGGUCUGACCAAGCGUGAUGUCUUUCGCUUUCCCGAUCCCUUCGCGGUCGCUACUGUCAAUGGCGAGCAGACGAAGACCACGGGUGUGAUCAAGAAGACACUGAACCCGUAUUGGAAUGAGAGCUUCGACAUGAGAGUAACAGAGGAGAGCAUACUCGCCGUACAAAUCUUUGACCAGAAGAAGUUCAAGAAGAAGGACCAAGGCUUUCUUGGCGUGGUUAACGUAAAGAUCGGAAGUGUUAUUGACCUCGACGCUGGCGCCGACGAAAUGCUUACAAAAGAUCUGCGAAAGUCCAAUGAUAACCUGGUCGUGAACGGCAAGCUGAUCUUCAACCUUUCCACUAACCUCAGGGCGCCCUUACCUCAGACCACUAACACUGACCGACCUUCUCUUUCAUCCGCCGGACCAUCUACGAACGGCGUGCACACACCCACUCUGGCGCAAGGUGCGCAGUCAACCACAUCAUUAGCGGCUGAUAGACCCACCAGCAACACUACCUCUGCUGCUGUAACUCGGCAGACAACGAACCUAACUCAGCCUCCACCGGGAGCACCGCAGACCAAUGGUACAAACGGCUCCGCAGCGCCGAGGCGGACUGAUGGGUCGGGAUUCAGUGCGUUUGAAGAUGCACAAGGAAGAUUGCCGAAUGGCUGGGAGAGGAGGGAGGACAAUCUCGGCAGGACGUAUUACGUGGAUCACAACUCGCGGCAAACGACUUGGAUCCGGCCGACUGCAAACUUCAAUGCAGGUGAGCAAAGGGCGCAAAUGCAGCAGCAACAGAACAUGGAGCGAGACAGGCAUCAGCAGCGUAUGCUGCCCGAGGAUAGGACCGGUGCCAGCUCGCCUACUCAGGCUGAUCGGCCCUCGCCGUCGCACACGCCCAGCGCAAGUACUUCGGCCAGUGCAGCGCAGAUGAUGGCUACUGGCGCUACUACCGCCGGUACGGGUGAGCUGCCUGCAGGUUGGGAACAGCGACACACUCCAGAAGGUAGAGCCUACUUUGUUGAUCACAACACCCGCACCACCACUUGGGUAGAUCCUCGCCGACAGCAGUACAUUCGCAUGUAUGGGCAGAACGCGACCGGCAACAGCACCAUCCAGCAACAACCGGUCUCGCAACUUGGGCCUCUACCGAGCGGCUGGGAGAUGCGUCUCACGAACACCGCUCGUGUGUACUUUGUCGAUCACAACACCAAAACAACAACCUGGGAUGACCCAAGGCUACCAUCAUCCCUGGAUCAAAACGUACCGCAAUACAAGCGUGACUUCCGGCGGAAGCUUAUCUACUUCCGCUCGCAGCCCGCUUUGCGCAUCCUCAGUGGCCAAUGCCAUGUCAAGGUACGCCGCAGCCACAUCUUCGAGGACUCGUACGCGGAGAUUAUGCGUCAGUCGCCAAACGACCUCAAGAAACGAUUGAUGAUCAAAUUCGACGGCGAAGAUGGCCUCGACUAUGGUGGGCUGUCCCGAGAAUUCUUCUUCUUACUCUCGCAUGAGAUGUUUAACCCAUUCUACUGCUUGUUUGAGUAUUCGGCCCACGACAACUACACGCUGCAGAUCAAUCCGCACUCGGGUAUCAACCCUGAGCAUUUAGGUUACUUCAAGUUCAUCGGACGCGUUGUGGGGCUGGCCAUCUUCCACCGAAGGUUCUUGGAUGCUUUCUUCAUUGGCGCUUUCUACAAGAUGAUCCUGAGGAAGAAGGUGGCGCUGCAGGAUAUGGAGGGCGUGGAUGCUGAGUUCCACCGCACGCUUAGCUGGGCGAUGGACAAUGAUAUCACCGAUGUCAUCUACAGCACGUUCUCGGUGGAGGAUGAGCGGUUUGGGGAGAAGGUCACGGUCGAGCUGAAGCCGGGCGGCAAGGACAUCGAAGUGACCAACGAGAACAAAAAGGAAUAUGUUGAACUGAUCACUGAAUGGCGCAUCCAAAAGCGCGUGGAGGAGCAGUUCAACGCGUUCAUAGCAGGAUUCCACGAACUCAUCCCCGCCGACUUGGUCAACGUCUUCGACGAGCGCGAACUCGAAUUGCUCAUCGGAGGCAUCGCCGACAUCGACGUCGAUGACUGGAAGAAACAUACGGACUACCGCGGCUACACGGAAUCCGACGCGGUCAUCACCAACUUCUGGAAGUGCAUCCGCAGCUGGGACGCGGAGCAGAAGUCGCGCCUGCUGCAGUUCGCGACGGGCACCAGCCGUAUCCCAGUCAAUGGUUUCAAGGAUCUGCAGGGUAGCGACGGGCCGAGACGAUUUACCAUUGAGAAGUCGGGCGAGGAAGGCCAGUUGCCGAAGAGUCAUACGUGUUUCAAUCGCUUGGAUCUGCCGCCGUAUAAGACUUUUGAUGCGUUGCAGCAGAAGUUGUUGUGGGCUGUGGAGGAGACGGUCGGGUUUGGGCAGGAGUAA